AUGCCUGAGAUACUAACGGAUGUCAUGUAUAGCGAGCGGAAAAUUUGGACGUCCACCGAGGAGGACAUAUUCCUGCGCAUCUGGCAAAAUAAUUUGGUAGCUAUGAACAACGGAAAAAGUCAGACAGACGUUUGCAAAGAAGUUCUCUUUGAGUUUAGAGAUAAAGGGAUGUAUGCCACGCUGGAUAAUAUAAAAUCCAAAAUGCAGUCGUUCAAGCGAAAAUAUAAUAGAAUCAUAAGAAAACCGAAUGCAUCAAAACAAUGGAUACAUAUGGAUAGGAUGGCCAUAAUAAUGGAAUAUCCGGAACGAGUUGCAGCCAUAAACUUUGAGACUGAAUACGACUCACACAGCUCAAAUUUCAAUGUGCCCAGAUUUGAUGAUUUUUCGCCCAGGCAAUAUGCAGAAGUUCAAGUUGAAAUCGAGGACAUGCGGACAUCGUUUUCCCGAACGACGACCCGUGUCACAUUCGAAAAAAAUUUCGUUACUAACGAUUCGACUAUAGCUGCAUCUAGAGCAAUUGUGAAUAAGCCCGGAAGAAAGCGCAGAUGUUGGGGCCAGAAAGAGGAAGUAAUAUUCUUGGAUGUGUGGAAGAAAUAUUUCAGAGAUUUAGCAAGCGCUCAAACAAAGUUAAAUAUUUAUAAGAAAAUGGCGGCAGACCUCAAAAGCAAGGGCGUUCAGAUCAGAUGCUAUGACGUAAACUCGAAAAUGCAAUCGUUUAUUCGUAAAUUUUGCAAAGAGAGUAAUAUAUUUGGUAAUAAAUCUAAGUGGGUUCACUAUGCCAACAUGCGCAAAAUGUUGGGCCCUGCACAGACCCCGAAGCCGCAUGGACCUAAAGCUCUAUACUGCCCUCAGCCUAGCUCUUUUGAGUACUUUACCAAUUACUCUCCUAAGCCCAACUUUAUUGAUUGCUCUAACGAUUCCUUUGCCAAUGACAACAUAAUCGAUUCAGAACUUGAUAGUCCUUCGCCUGAGCGUGCAAGCUACUACAACAAUUCCUUCACUGGUAACCAGCCAAUCGAUACAGACAACGAGAAACGCUUAGAGCGAGCUAAUGAGAAUGAAUUGGGAAUUAGGAAUACCUCAGAUCAGUUGGAUAAUGCACAGGACGCUUGCUCUUUAAUAUACCCAGAGAGCCUUGCGAUAGUGAAGAUGGAGGAGGGUCAGCCGAUGGAACAGCCAAUCAAUUUAGGUGAAGCGAUCACCAGACCAGAGCAAAUAGAACAAUUUGGUAGUUUUAUUACCAAAGAACUAAAUUUGCUAAACGACGAUCUCCUAGAAGAGGCUAAAGCAAGAAUUUCCGAUAUCAUGUGCAUUAUGCGUAUGAAACAAGCUCAACAAAAUACACAAGACAACUAA